CACGCAAUUAGUCGCGGUAUUCUUUUUUUGUUGCAAAUCUUUUCACCAGGCACUCUCUUGAAGACAUUUUGAGCUGAUAUGAAAGGCGAGCUUGUAGGCAGUCCCUUUUCUUACCUUCCCCUUAUAGGACGACUCGAGUCAAAAUACUCAAUGAUGUCUGGAGAAAAAUGGAUGAGGGAGAACUUCCACAUACCAGUAAUCGCUGUAAUCUUGUAUUUGCUGCUGAUAUUAGCGGGAAAGAAAUGCAUGAGGUAUUUCUCUCCCUUUAACAUCAAGAAGCCUCUGUUCUACUGGAACGUGGCCCUUGCAGCCUUUUCAUUCCUAGUCUGUCUCUCACUCCUUCCACACAUGAUCCAUGCACACCUAAAGUAUGGCAUGAAUUAUAUCCUCUGCACUCCAUAUAUCUUCUAUGACACUCACAUCCAGCUUUGGAACUUCCUUUUUUGUUUCUUCAAGAUAAUAGAGCUGGGAGACACGGCUUUCAUCAUACUCCGCAAGCGUCCAUUGCAGUUCCUCCACUGGUAUCAUCACAUCACUGUCCUUCUCUACUGUUAUUAUACUUGCACUGAAAUACGAACUGGAACGUUACAGCAUUACUUCUCCAGCAGCAAUGCCUUUGUCCACACCAUUAUGUAUACCUAUUACGCAUUGAGAGCUGCUGGUGUUCAUCUUCAUUCAAAGAUUGCACAAGCAAUCACGAUUCUUCAAAUAGCACAAAUGUUUUUCUGUUUGUGGAUCAUUUGGAUUGGCUAUACGAACUACCACAGUGUUCCAGGCUGCAUACUCCAUCUUGGUUCGCUUUAUUUUGCUGCAGCAAUGUACGGAUCUUAUGCUGUUUUAUUUCUGCACUAUUUCAUUCGCCGCUACAUCCAGUAAGGCCAUUGAAGAUUAGGCAUCUAAUUAUCAAUAUUAUUGUCCUUUUUU